AUGUCUACAGACCUCGUCCUCAGCCGAGGUUGCCGCCACAACGAUUGGUGGUCUAUGCCCCAGACCUCUGUUGAAUUCUGCAGAAGCUGUGGAUUCUCCCUCAUCUAUGCUGCCAGCCGCCCGUCUAAAGAUGUCUACGCUGAAGUUCAGGUCCAACCUCGUCCGCAAGACACGUUCGAUCCGGCGCGGAUCACACCACCUGGUGCCCGCAGCUACCAGUACCAGCCUCUUGACCUCACUAAUGGGCGCCAGAUUCGUGUUCUUGUGCUCAAGGCAGGAAAGCUUGAAGAUCCUCUCCAGUGUGAACUGGAACAUGUCAACCUACAGCAGGGGCCCAUCUACGAGGCACUUUCUUACACCUGGGCCGACGAUAAAGGCGAUGACUCAAUCAGCAGAGCGAUACAAUGCGGCAGUGAAAGCCAGUCCAUUGGUAUCACCAACAACUGCGAGCUGGCUCUCUUGCGCCUCCGCAAACACGAUGUGGAUCGCCGACUCUGGGUUGACGCCGUGUGCAUUGAUCAAUCCAACAUACUGGAGCGGAACCACCAAGUCAAGAAUAUGAUUGCCAUUUUCCGAAGCGCAAUUCGUGUUGUGGUCUUCUUGGGUGAAGGAAAUCCUAUCCUUGACCGACUGGUAGACUACAUGAGCAAUGACACUGGCGGCCAGUUACCACAGGUCACGGACUUUAUUUCUUUGUUUCGAAGCCGGUGGUUUCAUCGAGUCUGGGUGCUGCAGGAGGUUGCCGUGGCCAAGAGCAUCUUGGUCAUGUAUGGAAUGAAGCAGAUGAGCUGGGUGGACCUUAUUAAGCAUGGAAACCUCUUCUUACGACUGAUGGCCGCUCGCAAUCUCUCGUUGGUGCUACCUCCAGUCAUUUCUUACGGCCUACGACAGACGGAGGCCGGAGACCGCCGAUUGGAAGGACGUUCGGAUCUCUUGUCGUUAUUGCAGGUGUCUCGGAAUUGUGCCUGCAAGGAUGCUCGAGACAAAGUGUAUUCCAUCUUGGGACUCCUUCAAGAGGAGUCAGUGCUAUCACUACAGGCGGAUUACUCACCUUCAACCACACCUGGCUGGAUAUUUCUGCAAGCCGCUGCCUGGCACGUCGAUACUACCAAGACUUUGGAAAUUCUCUCGCAAGUGGACGGGACCUCGGCAUUAUACAUGCCAUCCUGGGUUCCGGACUGGACGAGGAAAUCCCCCACCGCUUUACCAGCACAGUUCAAAAAGCUGCGGGAGUUCUCUGCCCCUCGGAUAGCGGUUCCGGACGGCCAAACCAUACGUUCAACUGCCAGGCUAGGUUACCCCCUGGAGUCUAUUCUCGAAGUGACUGGAUGGCGGUAUGGUACCGUCUGGACAGACAGAAAGAUCUUUGGCCAAGCUCUGGUUCCCUCAGGCGGCACCAACGGAUCUAUCUACAACCAAACAUCGGACCUGUAUGCUCAAUCGUCUUCAACAAUGGGCAAUAUUCACUGGCUUCUUAAUCCGUCCCAGAAUCCCGGAACUCAACACUGCGACGAAAGGGUAGAUUUCUGGAGUCGGAUCCUUUCAUUGUACCAUGGUGCCACUCCUUCUGGUGAUUUCAAUCCCAGUGACACGACCUUCCCGGCAGAUAUCCCACCAGCGUUUGGCGGAUUCUGCUUGAACUGUUUUCAGAUGGACCAGAUGCACUGGCAAAGAAUCAAGGCGGCCACAAAGCUGAAUAUCGCACAGACAGCGGAGCAGGCGACCAAUCAGGUUAUGAAAAACUGGACAACAUCCAGCUGGAUUACCGAGCAGGAAAUUAGUCCCAUUAUCAAGAGUACGGUCGAACAGGUCAUCCAGCGGGCGACUAAGGAGGCUAUUGAGAGGCAGAUCAAACAGGUCACUAUCUUGCAUGAAAGGAUGGGCAUCAUUUGGUCUAUCAAUGAGCCCAUCGAGCAGGCUACCGAGCAGGCCAUGAAUAUUGUCCGCCAGGCUGCACCCCGCUGGGCUAUCGAGCAGGCUAGUAACCAGCAUAUUCACGCUAUCCAUGAGGCCGUCAAUCGGACUAUCAAACUGGCCAACAAAAAGGUAACAUGCCGCUGCAUGUCUCAAUCACCAUCUCCAGGGCACUUUGACAAGGAUGAGCUUGAGCAAUUCAUCACCAGCAUGAGUCAGUAUGGCAUGAGCCGUAGAAUAUUCGGCACGGAUCACUCGCUCGGGCUCGGUCCUAUGGAACUUGAAGAUUGGGAUGAAGUAUGGACCCUGGAAGGAGCUACAGUUCCAUUUAUACUCCGCCCUGUUGGCGACCACUACAAACUCGUCGGCGCAUGCUACAUUCACGGAGCAAGUAAGACUACUUAUCGCUGCUCUGUUUGCUCUUACGAGACUGUCCGGGACCAAAUUACGCUGCACGAAACCACGCAACCAGCGACGGGAGCAAUUAUAUCUGAAGGAUUUCCCAUAGGGCCCGAUGGUGUUUUCCAGUCAGCCGUCCUAGACCCGUUAUCAGGGGCAUUCGAGGAGAGAAGAGAACUGCCUUUUGCAUCAACCCUCUCAGGCUCUCUAGCAAAGAUUAAAAUCCAGUGA